UAGCUGUUCUACCGUGCAAUAGCGUGCGCAGGCGCACAAGUGUUCUUUCGGCUUCUCUCUCAGCCUUGGGACGCAAUGGCUGCGAACAAUUAUUUCGGCUUCACGACAGGAAAUGCACAGUAUGGUGCGGCGGGUGCCUACACGGCCAACCAGGGGACGGCCGGUGCCUACACGGGCAACCAGGGGUACGCCAUGCAGCACGCGGCGGCGGCGGCUGCGGCCCCCCAGCAGUUCGGCGCCCGGGCUGCCCAGUCGUACGGCACCUACGACACCCACGGGGCUGCGGCCGCAGCUGCCGCAGCUGCCUUCCACUAUGCCCCCAGGCAGCAGGCCACAUACGACAAGGGCGGCCAGGGGGGCUACUACGGCCAGGGCCAGGUGGGGUCCAGCUACGGGUCGGCGACCGGAGGGGCGGCCCCCGCGGCCCCGGCCGAGGGGGUGAGCUCGAGCUACGCGGCCCAGCAGCCAACGGCCAAGAGCAGCUUCGCCUCGGCCUACCGGCCGGCCCAGGCGGCGGCCAAGGUGGCCCCGUCACCUCAGCAGCAGGGGGGAGGGGCCUCGGCGGGCUCAAACCCGGCCGCGGCUGCCACCUACCUGUACUCCGGCUAUGCCACGGGGGGCACGGGCUAUGGCGGCAUGCAGAACUCGGGCGGAGGCUACCACGGCCAAAACAGCGGCGGCGGCGGCCAGCACCAGACGGGGGCCAAGCUCCCCUGGGGCGCCGGGGGCGGGGGUGCCCCGUUCAAGCGGGCGGGCCCCUUCGUGCCCAAGAUGGGCAAGCCCAAACCUCCCCCGAAGGCCCCGCAGCUGCACUACUGCGAGGUAUGCAAGAUCUCGUGUGCGGGGCCCCAGACCUACAAAGAGCACCUGGAGGGCCAGAAGCACAAGAAAAAGGAGGCUGCCCUGAAGAGCAACGGGGCCGCGGGGGCCCCUCCGCUGCCGCGGGGAGGCACUGCCCUGCGCUGCGAGCUCUGCGACGUCACCUGCACAGGCUCGGACGCCUACGCCGCCCACAUCCGGGGAGCCAAGCACCAGAAGGUGGUGAAGCUGCACACAAAGCUGGGCAAGCCGAUCCCGUCGACAGAGCCGGUCGUGAUCGCUCCCCCCAGUGGCACCACCACGGCCAAGGCGGGGGCCACGGCAGCCACCACGACCACCACGGCUGCGGCCGCAGCCGGCGUGGCAGCCGGGGGCGGCGGCGACGCCAAGGUGGCGGACGGGGAGGCCGGGUCCCAGGGCUCGGAGGAGGGGGCCGGGGACUCCCUGGACAAGGGGGUGGAGGUGCAGCCCGUGGGCCAGGACUACAUCGAGGAGAUGCGCAACGACGAGGGCAAGGUGAUCAGCUUCCAGUGCAAGCUGUGCGAGUGCCGCUUCAACGACCCCAACGCCAAGGAGAUGCACAUGAAGGGACGCCGCCACCGGCUCCAGUACAAGAAAAAGGUAAACCCGGACCUGGUGGUGGACAUCAAGCCGAGCCUGCGCCAGCGCAAGCUGCAGGAGGAGCGCCUGCGGCGCCAGCUGCGGGACGACUUCUGGAAGCGCCGGGAGGAAGACAGAUGGAGGGACGAGAUGAGUCUGGGUCCCCCCAGGAUGAUGGAGGAGGAGGAGCGUAUGUACUGGGAGGAGCGCCGGCGCUUCGAGGAGGAGAUGGAGUGGUGCCGCUGGUACGGCCGGGGCGGCAUGCCCAUGCCCCCGUGGCCCCCGAUGCCCGGACCCCCCAUGGGCAUGCCCAUGCCCCGCCGGCCGGACUCUGUGGACGACCGCCAUGUGAUGGCCAAGCACUCCCAGAUCUACCCCAAAGAAGAGGACCUGGGUCUGGUGCAACGCAUGGUCACCAACACGGAGAAGGCCCUCAAGAUGGUGUCGGAUGCCCUGGCAGACGGUCUGGAGCCCAAGGCUGAGGCGACUCCAGCCGCCCCUGCGGCAGCAGCCCCGGCAGCACCAGCAGAGGAUGGCAAGAAGGUGGAGGCCAAGAAGGAGGAAGCCCCGCAGCAGCAGCGCCUGCUGAAGGGGGUGAUGCGUGUUGGUGUGCUGGCCAAGGGCCUGCUGCUGGCCGGAGACCUCACCGUGGGCCUGGUGGUGAUGUGCUCGGAGAAGCCCGGGCGCACCCUGCUCGCCCGUGUCGCUGCCCUGCUGCCCAAGCACCUGGCGGCGGUGGCCCCUGACGACAAGUACGAGGUGCGUGCCAGCCCCCAGGAUGCGGCGGUGCUGCUCACCUCGACCGGGGAGCCCAAGGUGACGGUCUGGGUGACCCUCACCUCUCCCGUCAUGAGGGACACAGCCCCGACCGACGCCAGUAACGCCAGUGCAAAAGACCCGCCGGAUGUUCUGGGCAGGCAGAAAUGCCUGGACGCUCUAGCCGCCUUGCGCCAUGCCAAGUGGUUCCAGGCUAGGGCCAGCAGCCUGCAAUCGUGCGUCAUGGUGAUCCGCAUCCUGCGAGACUUGUGUCAGCGCGUGCCCACCUGGAGCACCCUCAACGCCUGGGCCCUGGAGCUGCUGGUGGAGAAGGUGCUGAGCAGUGCAGGGCAGCCCAUGCCCCCUGGAGACGCCCUGCGGCGCGUGCUGGAAGCCGUGGCCGGAGGCAUUCUGCUGCCAGGUAGUCCGGGCCUGGUGGACCCCUGCGAGAGGGAGCCUGUGGAUGCGCUGGCCGGCCUGACAGACCAGGCACGCGAGGACAUCACGGCCAGCGCUCAGCACGCCCUGCGCCUGGUGGCCUUCCGCCAGAUCCACAAGGUGCUGGGCAUGGACCCGCUGCCCCCUCCCAAGUUUGCCCGCAACCUGAUGAACCGCAAGCGCAGGCGCGACGGGGAGGCCAACGAGGCCGAGGGGGCCGACGGGAAGAAGGACAAGAAGGAGGAGCAGGCCAAAGUGGCGGAGCCGGCGGCCAAGGCCUGAGUGACGUCAAGGGGGCGGGGUCGCCUUCGCACUGGCUGGCCCAGAGUCGUGUCUGCACUCGCACUAGCUGCACCCUAGCGGCCGCUAGCUUCUCGUACCCCGGGCUAGAGCCCCCCAUUUCCAGCUUUCCCCCCCUCGUGUACGCACGCUUGUCGCCCAGUGUCCCAAUCAUCCCCUUUUCACGAGGUGCUCUCAAGUACCUUUUUCGUUCCCCUGACAAAAAGCGGACGUUUUCUCUCUUUGUGUGUCCAACGCAAUGUGCAAGCGUGUGUGUGUGUUUGCAAACCCCUGGGAUUGGUGGCCCGGCGACGGUGUGUAUUGGGAGUCUGGCCCGCUUGGGAGUGGAGGGGGAGGCAGGGUCCCGUUUGCACCUAAGGAUUCUGGAGAACGUUGUGAAGCUCAUCAAAUAAAGAUUGCCAUUGUGGACCUUGA